CGACGACGACGACGGUGAAGAAUGGAAUUCCCAUUCGGAUCCCGUGCAUCAACCGACGUCUAUUGACCUCAUCUUGAUACUAAUACAAAUCAAGUCCUUGUCAGGCGAACUAACCUUCAGUCCAAUAUACAACAACCAUGCGCUCUUUUUGCCUUCUCUUGGGACUCUUCGCAGUCAUCCAAACCGCUGUCUCUUAUGGUGCGUCAUAGAUGGUGGUCUGGGAGGGAGAAGAUCGGAACAUUUGCCAUCUGCUCUGCCAGCGAUCCCUUGUCUUCUCCUAAGUCCCAUCCUUUCAUGGGAUUCCUGCGCGAAAUCCUUUUUGGGAAACCAAGGAACACCACACUCACAGAAACUUCCCUUUUUCCUUCCCCUUCUCGUGAUCUGGUAUCGAUCUAUCUAUGUUUCGUUAUUUGUCGGGUUCCAUCGCUUUGCGUUGCGUUGAUUCGUGAACCGUGGUGAUUGAAAAUCUGUGCGCGGUAUAUAUGACAAAAUCGCAGCUCCAUCCUUCGUUCCUCGAACCAAUGGAGUCAUUGCUCCCAUGUCCAAGGAAAUCGUKGCGUCAAAGGUCUUUGGUACCCGCAGCACUAGCUCCAAAAUGUCGUCGGGUGUUUCCAGCGUGAAAAUGAUGCCAAUCGGAGUGCCAAAGGUUGCCUACCGGGUUCCUGGAUCGCAGCAAGCCGACUGGGUCGACAUUUACAAUCGUCUUUACCGCGAACGUAUCAUCUUUUUGGGAGCUGAAAUCGAUGACGAACUGGCCAACCAGGUCAUCGGUGUCAUGUUGUACCUCGACUCGGAGGAUUCCUCGAAACCCAUUUACCUGUACAUCAACUCCCCCGGUGGAUCCGUUAUUUCUGGACUAGCCAUCAUCGACUGCAUGCAACACAUUAAAUCGGAAGUGAUCACCAUCAACCUGGGAUUGGCGGCCUCUAUGGCCAGUUUCAUUCUGGCCGCUGGAAGCAAGGGAAAGCGACUGGCACUUCCAUCCUCCCGAAUCAUGAUCCAUCAGCCCAUGGGAGGUGCCCAGGGACAGGCAGAGGACAUUAAGGUCGAAGCCGCCCAAAUUCUGAAAAUCCGUGACAACCUCGUAAAGAUGUACUCAAUGAUGACGGGACAAACCACGGAACGAAUCACUAAGGAUUUGGACCGAGACAACUUUUUGAGUGCCUAUGAAGCCGAGGACUACGGCCUCAUCGAUCGUGUAUUGGACUACAAUAAGGAGUCUGACACCCAGUUGUAAGAAAGACGCGUAGGCUCAUUUACUGUUGUAUUAAUUUAUAGAAAAGAAGUGAACGCCAGCAUGGUACACUUUAAACAC